GUGUGCAUGUACUGAUCACGUUACAUCGCUUAUUGAUAUGACAUUCAUGGCUGCAUCGAAAUCAUCUUCAGAACCUUCGUCAUCUUCUUCUUCUAUCCGAUAGUUCGAGUCACCAGACCGGAGACUAAGCCGCAGCGAUCCCAGGUUUAGCAAUGGCGACGGGAGGUUCAUCAAUAUCUGAGGAGAUAUCACGGACCAUGUUUAAAUGUAAACGUAUACACUGGGAGGUCAAGUCGGGAGAUCUCCAUGAAGUGAAGGAGCUGGUCAGUUCUGGGGCGGACCUCGGGGCAACAGAUAGUAACGGAUAUACACCUCUGAUACAAGCCGUGGUAUCAGGAAAAGAAGAUAUCGCGGCAUUCCUUGCCAAGAAGAUGACUGUCCAGGAACUGAAUAUGGUGAACGACGACGGGGACAAUGUGUUACAUAUGAUGGCUUUAUAUCAUUGUCCGUGGUCACAGGUAAUACAGGACAUAGCUGAUACCUGUCCUAGCCUGCUACAGCAGGAGGAUAGAUACAGGCGACGACCGAUAGACACCGCAAGAAAAGAAUUAACACGAAGUCAAGAUACUGCAAGACAGGAAUUACCAGAAAGUCAAGGUUUUUACAGCAUUCUCGCAACACAGACAUCGUUCAAACAACCAAAAACGAUAUAUCGGCAUCUGGUACAUGACUUAGCUGAUCCCUGUCUUAGCCUGUUGCAGCAGGAGGAUAGUGACGAGGACCGACCGAUAUAUACUGCAAGAAAUAUAAGUCAUAUAAAUAUAUACGAGCGACGACCGAUAGAUACUGCAAGACAAGAAUUAUCACGAAGUCAAGGUGUUUACGACAUUCUCGUGAUAUGUGAGGAAAGACAGCAGCGGAUACAGCAGCAGCAGCAACAACAUUACACCAGAGGAAUAGCUGAAAAUAUGGAAAACCCUUGUAAUAUCACCAUUACUGUCGUUGGACACCAAGGAGUCGGCAAGUCUUGUUUUGUCCGACAACUAAAACAGGAAUAUAUUCCCGAAGGCGGACCGGGUUCGACGGAUACCGCUGAUCUAUAUGUCAACUUCUUUGAGUACAACCCGAACACCGGCCUCCGACAAAAACUUGAUGAGGAUGGCGAAAUCAAGACGAGUCGUCAGCGGCUUAAACGCAUCAUUGAUCAACAAGAUAAAACGUAUACUAAACCGUCUGCGAUCACACCACAGCAAAUCAAUGACUCCGCGGCAGCAGUAUCAACUAUGGAACCAUCUGUGUCGUCAGCUGGGAAAAAGACAGAAGAAAGUCAAAUUGUUGAAAUAUCGCACAGAAAUCCUUCCCGUUCAGAGGAACUGUCUGAUGAACAAAGACACGUCAUUGAGGAAGUCAUGGGCACAGAAAUGGAGGAUUGGAAUGCCUUUGGAUUAAAGGGCCGCGUCACAAUAUAUGACUUCGGAGGAGAGAAGGUGUUUUAUAACACACAACACUGCUUCAUGUCAAGCAACAUGGUCUUCGUCCUGUUGUUCGACGUGGCUAUGUGUCUUGAUCCACGCAGAGCAAAGGAUGGUUACGAGCAAAUCGAGUUCUGGCUGAAGGUGUUCGCUACCUAUGCUAUUGACGAAGCAGCACAAAGUGAAGGAACGCCUCCUGUCAUCCUUGUUGGAUCACACCUAGACCUUGUUUCUUCUGAUAAAGAAAAACAGGAAGAAUUAUUCAUCUCAGUGCUAGAAAAGCUGUACGAGAAACCUGAAAUCUGUGAAAUUAUUGAGGCCCACGUCCAGGAAAUGUUUUCAGUUGCUAACUUAAAUGAUUGCAAUAAAAACCAACAUAUGUAUAAGGAAAUAUGGAACAAGAUCAUAGAGAUUGCCAAACUCCAGUCCCAAUGGGAGAAGCCAGUACCUGCAAGAUGGGUCGCCUUGGAAUACGAGCUAUUCAGACUAAAGAAAAGAGGAAACAUUAUCCUUACGUAUGAUAAACUGCUAGAAAUAAACCGCAAAACAGCAGUGCCAUUACCCGAACAUGACAUCAUGAAUUUCCUUAGGAGACUGAGAUUUACCGGAUCAUUCCUCUGUUUUGAUCUUCAUAGCAAGAAACCUUUCAUUGUUCUUCAACCACAGUGGAUAAUAGAUGCAUUAAAAGCCAUCAUCACUGACCCAAAGUUCAUAGCCGACCUAUCACCCAAGCAACAACUUCAAUGGAAGCAGUAUGACAAAUCCGGCGUUUUAUCACGGGCACUUACCAGACAACUGUGGGGACGUCAUAAGAAAUAUCGGUUCCUUGACGAGGAGGAAAAACUUGUCAUCGCAAUGGAGAAUCUCGGUUUACUAACUAGACCGAUAUCAGUAGAUGCAGUGGUUGAUUACUUCAUAGUACCAAGCAUUCUUCAAACUGCAGAUCCCGAGAUAAUUCAUCCAGUGCUUGAUGACCCUGACACUGUCACAACUGUCACUAUUUGUAUCAAGUUCGACAACCCAUUCAUCCCACAAGCCAUUUGGGACAAAAUGAUUGCCUCCUGCAUUCACAGGUUUCAGCGACUGAGAGAGUUCGGACAUGAUGGUUUAACGUUCAUCCAACGCGGAUUUGCUUGCCUGUCUGUGGAUUUCCUGUGGAACAUGAUCAUCAACUGCAGCGACAAUGCCAUGAAGGUUACUAUGUUCAAGAAGGAUACAGAUGAUUCUGUACCAACUGGAACGGGAAUAAACUUGCUCAAAGUGCUUGAGUUUCUUCUCCAGCGGAUUCUUGAUUUAAAUCACCAAAGUCAUCUUGGAUACAAAUUCUACCUCCACAACGACUUCCGGUUCACAGCAGAGGAGAAAAUGGUGACGGCUGACGAUCUUCGACAAACACCACGUCUACAAUGCUACAGUUCAAAUGGAACGAGAUGGAUAGACAGCAACGACCUACACAUAUGGUUCAGGAAUCCAAACCAGAAGAAAACACCGAUCCAUACGCGCUAUCUUGACAUAACAAAGGAUUUACCAGACAGAAAACUGUCGUUCAAAGAGAUUGGUAGAAUCUCUAGAUAUAUCGGCAGUACAUACCAGACGUUCUUUGCCGAGCUUGAUUGUCCAGUCGCGCUUGUAGAGCAGGAAAUGGAAGAGCACCGCCACCUCACCUUUAGAUCUCGCAUCACAAAGAUAUUCGUUCACCUCCUCAAAACGGAAGCAAAUACUGGAUUCUUGGCUAUAGCAGAUGCAAUGUCACAACACGGAAUGGACCCUACCAUACUCAUAAACAUUCUCGACUCCAACAGGAAUAUGACUUUUACAGGCGAGACAUUGUCGAAUGGAUGGUUAAAUACGUAUUUGUCUAUCAAUGAUGUUCCAAUCAUCGCUGGUUAUAUAGACAUCAAAUCAUACUUUAACCUGUUUCUGGAACUUGGAUUCACACCAAGAACAGUGGAUGAUUUUGAUGACGAAUACAGAAACAAGAGAACCUUGAAGAAAAUCACUGCUUUAUUGGUAGCGUUCAUUAAUGAGACCGAUCCCCGCCCAACAGUCAACACAAUUCUUCUUGCGAUGCGGGAAUGCGACAUGGACACCGAAUAUCUCAUCAGAGCCCUAAAUCCAACAUAGGUUGUGCUACCUUUGCUCGAAGUUGAAUCAGUAUGUUAAAAAUAUGAUGUUGUAUUUUCAUUGAAAAAUGUUUAUUUGUUAUUUUUAGCAAGAAAAAACAUUUCCAGAUCAGAUGCUUCAAGAUCUUCUAAUGGCUAGAUGUGAAUGUCUAACUAUUCGGGGAAAAUGGAUUGAUAUUUUCCUUCCAUGUGUGCAUCGAUAAUGACAUUUUCCCUCGGAUGAAUCAACAUCCCUUUUAAACAACAACAGCCCUCUGAUCUGGAAGAAAUAUUUACUCUACUACAUUAUAAUGAAUAUCAUAUUAUAUCAUGAUGUUGUAUCUAAAUACUUCGUAUCGUGCAUUAAAUAUAAAUGAUCUAUUGUGUCCCCUAAGUAUAUUUAAUAAUUUUCUCCAUUGUAGGUUAAGGACUGUUAUGACUGGCGUGCGUUGCUAAACAGACGAUGUUCUGUUGUGGUUUGAGUAACCAAAUCAAUAUUGUUCUCCGCUGAGACAUUGUUCUACUGUGACGGUAAAGACUGAUGUGUGUUACUAUAGAUACGCUGUUCUUCGGUGAUGGUAAGGACUGAUGUGAGUUACCAUAUAUACGCUGUUAUAGUGUGCUGCUAAGGACUGGUGUGUGUUACCAUAGAGACGUUGUUCUACUGUGAUGGUAAGGACUGAUGUGAGUUACCAUAUAUACGCUGUUCUACUGUGAUGAUCAAGACUGAUGUGAAUUGCCAUAUAGUGGCUGUUCUAUUGCGAUGCUAAGGACUGGCGUGUGUUACCAUAUAGCAUUGUUCUACUGUGAUGGUAAUUACUUGUGUGUUGCCAUGUAUAUGCUGUUCUACUGUGAUGGUAAGGACGGAUUUGCGUUACCAGGGAGACAUUGUUCUACUUACCGUUAGACAUGUACGGAAAUCAGAGUACAUACAAUGUAUGAUCAUUCAGAUUGUAAAAGGUACGUUUUUUGGCUAAUUGAAUUGUUUGUAUUUAGCCGAUGUUGUGAGUCAGUUAAAAUGUUAAGUCAAGUUAUCGCUGCAUUUACCAUAAACAGUUCGUAACUACAGACUACAGUGUAUAUAACUAGAAUUUGACUGUAUGUUAACGGGUGUAUGGCUAUAUAACUUGGAUAUUUAGUGUAACAACGAUGUAAAUACAGUCUACAUAACUAGGAUGCUGACUAUGUUAUAAAGGGAUUAUACUUAUACAUAUUGGUUUUAAGAGAUCUGAAAAAGCUCCAAAUGUAUAAUCAUUUUCUUUAACAUAGCCUUAAUAGUGAACAUGACUUUUAUUGAGCCAGUAUAUAACAAAAACAAAAGCUACAUAUUACUUGUAUCAAUAGUUAGUAAGUGAUAAGAUUAUAGAUGGUUGUAUAGCGUACCUGUUUUCGUAUCUGUAUAUACACAGGCACUUUAUCCGUCACACAAUGUAUGCGUGUGAAUGAAUCAUCUUGGUGUAGUUCUUACAUGCUCUAUACCUAACAACAGUAUACCCAGGCAUUAACAAAACCAUAAUUCAACGUCAAAAUCGUUUAAACUACGGCAAUGUAUGAAAGGAAAAAGUAACAUUUACAUGGAGAUCCUUGAAAAAGUACAUGGAUAAUGAGACCGGUGUUCUGGAAUUGUAUCAUUGACGACACCCGCCAUUUUGAUAUAGGUCAAAUCCGAGCUAUGCCACAUCAUCACAUCGAUAACUUGAUAACAACACCAAACUCGCAAGGCUUUCUGAUGAUUAUUAUCAAAAGUAUCGACCUCCAUUUCACACAACAAAUUACCAUGUUUUAUUGCGACAGCCUGAUUUUGACUAUCAAACUUGUCCAAGCUAUUCAUCAUCCGUCAUCUUAGGAAACGAAACCCUGUGUUGUACGUUUGUUCGUCAUCAGUCAACAUCAAUCACAGAAAUCACGAUUUGUGGGGCAAACUCUUGCGUACAUAUUCAACCAUUAAAAUAAACUUUGUGUAGUGGGACGAUUUAAAAUUUUUGCAUGUUUUAAGUAAUAUUUUGUAUUUGAUAAAUUUAUGAGCAUUUACAUAGUUCAACAGUAAAACAAAAUGAGAGCUAAAUACAAGAUGGAUAAUGGAUUUGCAUGUGCGCCAUAUAUUGAAAUGAAGCAAUAAUAUGGAAAACAUUACAUUCACAUGUAAUGUUAUAUUACAUUGAUUAUAUAAAUUUCCCGCUGCAUUUAACGUUUUUUGUUCAAAUUUUAAAUGCACAUUCUUAUUUUUUAGAAUUCUUAGUGGUGUAUAUUUUUAGUAUAGAUAUGAUCGGGCUACGAAGCGAAAACCAAUGUAGUAUUUCGUAGUUUUAUUUGUAUUUUAUUUUUCACAUUAUACCGUUAUUAUAUCUCUUAACGUGUUCACUAAGACAAAUAGUUCAUUCGAUGUUGAGAUCUCCAAUUUUUACACUGCUAUACAAUCUUGAUCACACUAUUUUACAAGUAUCCAUAUUGUGUCAUUGCUUAAAAAAUGGGGACAUUGAAACAUGUAUUUAUAUUUUCUUGUUAAUCUUAUACUGUUUAUCCUUUUGACAACAAAGUGUGUAAUUUAAUAUCUUUUUUAGGAAUAAUUUCUACAUUUUUCACUUGACGAUGCUCGCUUAGUCAAUGAGGCUAUACAGGUUUGCAAUAUAACAGUAUAUUAUGUUCAUUGCAUGGAUGGCCAUCAAAUCAUUCUGGAAAAGUUAUUAACGUAUGUUUCACAUAAAGUCAAUGACAUCUUGUGUAUUAUAUUGUAUAUGUCUGAAUUACUUUCAUCGUCAUGAAACAUACAGUUAAACCUGUCUAACCUGAUCUCAAAGCAUCUCAAAGUAUACUAACAUCUGGUCCAAUAUAGCAUCAUUCUGGCACUUCAUUACUAUUGGAAACUACCAAUUUAGACCUUUGUCUAAUCUUAUGUGAAUUUUUCAUAGAUGGUGUCAGAACAGACAGGUUCACAGUAAAACGUUAUAUUCAAAUGUAUUCACAAUACUGACAUAUUACUGCUUCAAAUAGCAAAAAUUGUAAGGCUUGAUUAAGGAGGUUCUUCUGUAGCAUUAAUAUGAGUGAAAUAUUGACACAUAUUUUAUUUAUGUGUGACAGUUAGAAUCAACAAACUUUUUUCGAUAACAGUUCAGUAAAUGGUCCUCCUCUGAACUAUAUAUAGCAACAUGGCAAUUUAGUUGUAAAACAAAUGCCUGAUGAGUAAAAAUCUCAAAAUUAUACAUUUUUUUAAAUAGGUAUGAUUUUAGGUAAAAUGUUAUCUAAUAGCUAGUGAACAUAUAGAUGAUGCAGAAUAAAUGCAAUAUAAAAAAAAAUAUUAGACAUACGAGAUAAUUAUCUGUGGUAUAACUGAUGACAAUGUAAUAUUUUUUGGGGUUUUUUUACAUUUUAAUACACAAAUCUUGCAUCAACCUGACAACACUUGAUCUGGAUCAGCAUUUCUUGACAGUCAUACACGACAACAUAUAGCCAUAUGUGCCGACAUAAAAAGUCAUUUUGAAAUUCCUGUAAUUACUUUCUUUAAUAUAGCAGGUACUUCGGUUCAUAUUGUCUCAUCAGAUCAAUUCGGAUCACUACACGUUGUUGAUACUUUGACGUUAUCGUUAAGUUAACCAGGCUUUGAUAUCAGGCCAAGUUUUGUGAUAUCAAAUUUUCUGAGUCGUAUGCUUUUUAAUUGUAGUUUGUAAUCAGUGUUUUAAUUGGGUAAAAUCAGCAAAAGAGUUUUUCAUUGAGUAAAAAGAAUCACUUCUAUGUUAUGAAUAAUGAUCAAUAUUUCACCAAAACAUGUGCUGUCUUAUCAGUGUUAGAUAACUGUUGUAUUAGUAGGCAGCAGAUAAAUAUCUAAAAAUUAUGUCUACCCCAGAUCGAUAUGUAAACGAUGGCGUAAGUAAAACAUUUCUGAAUAUACCGUGAUUUGAUUAUGGUGUUGCGAUUUUGUGAUGUAUAAGUGCAUGCGAGAGUAAUAGCAAUAGUAGAAGUUUAUUGUUGUCUUUGCUACGAAAAAUAGCAUCUAGUCUUAUAAUAUUUUAUGUGUUAUCGCAGUGCAACGUAAAAACUUCAUUCUUCAUAUUACCCUUAAUAAAAAAUAUA